AUGAUUAAUUCAAAUACAUUUCAAACUCUUCUACUAACAAAUACAAUUAUAGCUGUAUUUUGUAUUAUUCUUUUGGUAACAUUAGCCGUAUUUAUUAUUUCGUUUAUUACGCCAUCCCUGCGACGUCAAUGGCUUGGAUAUAAAAAUGAAAAUGAAAGUAAAACUGAUGAUACAUCAUCUCUAAAUCGUCAACCAUCGUUCAAUAAUGAAAGUUAUGGUACAUCACGUUUUAAUCCAAUAUUUGAAACAACAUCAGGUGUAACAUCAACACCUCAAUUCAGUACAUUAUUUCAUCCACAUGCUACAACAGCGACACUUCUUCACCCGACUAUUUGGACUUCGAUGACUCCAUCAGCUGGUAUUGCGUCUCCUCUUACAACUAAAUCGAGACCAUCAUUGUCAACAGUGAUAACUAAACAAUCAUCAGCACCAGCAUCAUUGCGUGAUCCUUCUUCUGCUACAACAGCACCACCAAAGCCACGAUGA